AUGCGGCUCUCGACUGGCGUCAUUGUGCCUAAGCAGGAGCCGCCAGUGGAACCGGGCCCUUAGCUCUGCCCCUCCACCCCCCCUUCCACCUCUUCUUGUUCACCCCGCCCUACCCUGUCCCCUACUCCCGAUCAAACCCAGCUUAUGCCAUGUGAGUAAUCUCAAUUAUCACAUCUACCAUUCCCAUUACCACUCCCGCUUCAACCUACACUUUCUGAGAAACGCUGCAGAAGCAUCAGAAUGCUCUCCCCUUGCCUCCUUCGCUCAAUCGCGAGGGCGGCCCCAGGGCGUACUUCGCCGUUACUACUCUCUCGGGGUGUCGCACGGCUCUGCCCACUUGGAUUGGAGCGAGGCUUUGCUUCAACCCGGUUUUUACUCCAAAAUGAGAGCUCCGGUCCAACCAAUGGUCUUCCAAUGUCUACUCAGCCAGAGAAGGUCCCCGCACGCACCGUAAACAAGCUAAUGCCCUCGGCAUCUAUCACGGGGGCCCCAAAUCUACUCGGAGAACCAACUCUAACUGCCCAGGAGCAACGGAAAGCAGAUUGGGGGAUUAUAAAGGAGAUGUCAACCUAUCUAUGGCCAAAAGUACGCUUCCUAAAAGUCGCAGGGAGUUAGAUACUGAGUGGGAAUUGCAUCGCAGGGAAACCCUGGUGUCAAAGUCCGCGUAGGACUCUCGCUGGGCCUCCUCGUCGGUGCGAAGGUCUGUGUUGCCUACAUAUUCCUCGAACCAAUAUCCCAUCCGCACACAAUCUAAGAAAAACCAAUGAUCCAUCAGAUUUUAAACGUUCAAGUACCAUUUUACUUUAAGACUAUAAUCGACUCCAUGAACGUGGACUUUUUAGCUGUUGGAGGAACAGUAUGGACCGCGACCGGGUCUGUAAUAGUAGCAUGUACGGUGACUUCCCCAAAUUUCUUUACUACCAAAGCAGUGGAAGAUGUCGGGCAUUAAAAUCACAAAGAUGGCCUCGCCCGAAUAGGGUCAACUGCUUUCCAAGAAAUCAGGAACGCUGUGUUUGCCAGUGUUGCGCAGAAGGCGAUACGAAGAGUUGCCUGCAAUGUUUUCGAUCACUUGCUCCGAUUAGAUCUUAAUUUCCAUCUCACGAGGCAGACCGGAGGCUUGAGUAGGGCUAUUGAUAGAGGGACUAAGGGGAUAAGCUUUUUGCUUACUUCGAUGGUUUUCCACAUAUUUCCCAUAUUCCUUGAGAUAUCCAUGGUUUGCGGGAUAUUGGUAGGGAUCCCCCCAGUCCCGCGAUAUAAUAGAAACCCCACACCAGCUGAAGGCGUUUAGACUUAUAAAUUCGGGCCUAAUUUUGCUGCUGUGACGGCUGCUACCAUGCUAGCCUAUACAGUAUUUACAAUCAAAACGACCGCAUGGCGAACAAAAUUCAGAAAGCAAGCAAACGCAGCCGAUAAUAAAGGAGCAACCGUAGCAGUUGAUUCACUAAUCAACUAUGAAGCUGUUAAGGUUGCUAUCACUCGAUCCCCACCGAUUCCCCGGCUUGUGCCCUAACCCCUAGCUAACAAAUAGGCAGUAUUUCAACAACGAGAAGUACGAAGUGGGUAGGUAUGACAAGGCCCUCAAGGGCUACGAGAGCGCGUCCAUCAAAGUAGCGACCUCCCUAGCCUUCCUAAAUUUGGGACAGAAUGUCAUAUUUUCCUCAGCCUUGACCGCCAUGAUGUACCUUGCUUGUCAGGGUGUAAUUGACGGGAACUUAACUGUCGGUGACCUAGUUAUGGUCAAUCAACUUGUCUUCCAGCUUUCGGUUCCCUUGAACUUCCUUGGCUCGGUAUACCGCGAGUUAAGGCAGUCGCUCCUAGACAUGGAGACCCUCUUCAACCUGCAAAAGGUGAACAUAGCGAUCAAGGAUAAGCCCGACGCAAAACCGUUGGAAUUUAAAGGUGGUGAGAUUAGAUUCGAGAAUGUGACAUUCGGGUAUCACCCUGACAGGCCGAUCCUGAAAAACGUCACAUUCACGAUCCCCGCUGGGAAAAAGACGGCGAUCGUUGGCCCCAGUGGUUGCGGGUGAGUUCUCAUGACCGGGGUGGAUGGUGGAUCAGUAUUCACAUUUGCUGAAACCUCUGAUAGAAAAUCAACAAUCCUAAGACUUCUCUUCCGAUCCUACGAUGUCCAGGGUGGAAGGAUUCUUAUUGAUGGCCAGGAUAUCAGAGAUGUCACCGUUGAAUCACUGAGGAAGAGUAUAGGCGUGGUGCCUCAAGAUACCCCACUGUUCAAUAACACUAUCGAGCACAACAUCCGCUACGGUCGUAUAGACGCAACAGCAGAGGAGGUGUUGCAUGUCUCCAAGAGAGCAAGAAUCCAUGAUGCCAUCUCUGCUUUCCCGGAGGGUUACCAGACAAUGGUUGGUGAGCGGGGAAUGAUGAUCUCAGGUACCGGCGCCGAUCGCAGCACAUCACUCGAGCGGGCGCUGACGCAAGAUACCUUAACAAACAGGUGGUGAAAAGCAACGCCUCGCCGUGUCACGACUGCUCCUAAAAGAUCCCCCGGUAUUAUUCUUUGACGAAGCCGUAAGUCCCAGACCCAAAAUUCCACGGCAUUGAGGCAGCUAACCUACGGUGCCCAUACCGGUAACAGACCUCCGCCCUGGACUCUCACACCGAGCAAGCCCUCCUAGGAAACAUCUCCUCUAUCCUAAAAGAGAAAGAGCGAACAAGCGUAUUCGUUGCGCAUCGCCUGCGUACCAUUUUUGACAGCGGUAGGGCCUCUUUUGUUAUUAUUCUUUUUUUCCUUUUACCUCCUCAUUUUCCUCCAUCCUGCCUCGCGUUUCUAGAAAAGGACGCCGACCUAACAAACUGGUCGCGAAACCACAGACCAAAUUAUAGUUCUGCGAGAUGGCUCGGUUGCAGAACCUCCUGGGACACACGAGCAGCUCAUCAAUUCCAGUGGGGUGUAUAGCUCGCUUUGGGCAGGUGAGUUUUUUCUUUUCUUUUUCUAUCAUACAGUACCCGAGUACCAUGCCCUAUUCCGAUGAUGUGUGUGAUGGGAUCCCGGCCUUGUUGACGAGGGUCUGGUGGGUGCCGCUGCAGCGCAGGAGACGACACCCGGGAUUGAGAUCGCGGGGGAAGGAUCGAGCAAGAGCAAAGGGAAGGGUAUCGGUAAGAGAGGACCGACCAUUGGGGUCUGAGUCGUUGAGGGGGGUGGUUGAUCACGAGGAGCGUACGAGUACGAUGGCCUGGCAUGGAGAUGGUACAAGUGCCGUAGAAGUAUAAAGUGGAGUGAUGAUAGACGAUAGGGUGUUGCUGC